ACGAGAUCUGCAGAAUUUAUUCCCAUUCUGCUGGUGACGGACCAUUCUGGAAUUUAAUAUAAAGGAUGAAUAAGAGGAUUGAGACACCAUGCGGAUAUAUAUAUAUUUACAGAGAAGAUGAAGGUGAAGAAACAUCCAGCCCUCGUGGCUCCAGGACGGGUCCGGUGACAUUCCAGCAUCCAGGACCUCCACUCGACAAGGUAUUUCAGGAGAGAGAGAGAAGAGAUGAGUCUGGCAUCUGCAGAGCAUCUCUCAGCAGCACCGAAGCGAAGAUGAUGAGAGUCCUGUUUAUUCUUCUGCUGACUGUCCUCCCAGCAGUCGUGCUCCCCGAACGGCCGCUUCCCCCCGUCUGCGGCUCUCCGGUGUUCUCCAGGAGGAUAAUCGGAGGAACGGAUGCAGCAGAAGGAGCCUGGCCCUGGCAGGCCAGUAUACUGUACAACUGGAGCCCGGUCUGUGGGGGGUCCCUGAUCACCAACCAGUGGGUGCUCAGCGCCGCGCACUGCUUCUCCCCAUCCUCAUCCCCCUCACUGUACACCAUCUACCUGGGGGUCUACAAGCUGGACCUCCCCAAUUCUAAUGCGCUGCUAGCUAAUGUGGACAGUCUGGUUAUCCACCCCCAGUACACAGGUCCUGGAAGCAGUGGAGAUAUUGCUCUGGUCCACCUCUCCAGACCGAUCACCUUCACCCAGUACAUUCGCCCAGUGUGUAUACCAUCUGCUUCCAUGGUCUUCCCACCAGGAUCCAGCUGCUAUGUUACAGGAUGGGGCCGGACAAAGUCUGAUGAAUUCCUGGCGUCCCCUAAGACCCUUCAGCAGCUGAUGCUUCCCCUGAUCAGCAGGGAGUCCUGUGACCAGAUGUACCACAUAGGCUCAGGUACCGGAGCCAGCGUGGCCAUCAUCAAGAGUGACCAAAUCUGUGCUGGGUACCAAGCUGGACAGAGAGAUUCCUGCAUUGGAGACUCCGGGGGUCCUCUGGUGUGUAAAAUGAAUGGGUAUUGGUACCAGGCUGGCAUUGUGAGCUGGGGAGAUGACUGUGCUCUGCCAAACCGCCCGGGAGUCUACACUUUGGUUUCAUCCUACGAGUCAUGGAUCAACUUGUAUAUUAUCAAGAGCUUCUCCUCCUCUUCUCCCAGUCUGGGUGCCUCAGUGCUGCUCCUUUUGGUCUCUCUGAUGCUGCACAGUUGAUUCACGUCUCCCAUGAGGCUAAGGAACCCGAAAAAUAACUCUACCUAAAUGCCUACAACGGCCGAAGUCACGACUCCAGAUAAAUGAGUAUGGAGAUUUAUUAUAAAGACUAAUACUUCAUGACUUGGUGAAUAUUGUGCCUCCUCAUCAUCGUGUCUCAUCUUCAUUCUGCCUCUUCGUCUUCAUUGUUUCUCCUCAUCAUCAUCAUCAUCAUCAUCGUGUCUCAUCUUCAUCAUUACAUCUCCUCAUCUUCAUCGUGUCUCAUCUUCAUUCUGUCUCCUCAUCUUCAUUGUCUCUCCUUCUCCUCAUCAUCAUUGUCUCUCAUCAUUGCAUCUCCUCAUCUUCAUUGUGUCUCAUCUUCCUCAUCGUCUCCUCAUCUUCAUUGUCUCUCCUUCUCCUCAUCAUCAUUGUGUCUCAUCAUUACAUCUCCUCAUCUUCAUCGUGUCUCAUCUUCAUUCUGUCUCCUCAUCUUCAUUGUCUCUCCUUCUCCUCAUCAUCAUUUUGUCUCAUCAUUACA